AUGCUAACCUGCGCACCGGGUGUUGUUGCCGCUGUUGAUUCUCUGCUUGACGAGCAGUCUGUUACAGUCCGUUCAAGCAAUAUGGCUGAAUUUACCGGCGACCGGAACGAAGUAACAUCACCAUAUGGAAAUAACCUUCAUCACCAGGAAAAUGUUACACAUGGUCAGUUUGCAUUUACAACUAAUGAGGCUGGCAAUUACCUAGCAUGUUUCUGGGUGGAUGGCCAUAAUCAAGGAGGUGGAGAUAUAAGCAUCAACCUUGACUGGAAAACUGGAAUUGCUGCAAAGGAUUGGGAGUCGGUCGCUAGAAAAGAGAAAAUAGAGGGUGUUGAGCUUGAGCUGAGAAAGCUUGAAGGAGCAGUAGAUGCCAUCCAUGAAAAUCUACUCUAUCUUAAGAGCAGAGAAGCAGAGAUGAGAACAAUAAGUGAAAAAACGAAUUCGAGGGUGGCAUGGCUCAGUAUCAUGUCUUUGGGGGUCUGCAUUAUGGUUUCAGCUGUGCAGUUAUGGCACUUGAAGCGAUUUUUCCAAAAGAAGAAGCUAAUUUAG